AUGCAGCAAUCAUCGCCGCCGUACAACAAGCUGGCGUACCAGACGAUAUUCCCGCAGUACCUAGAUUCCAACCUAACCCCGAGCGAGGGACGACGCCUCACCAAGACGCAGUCCGUAGAGAAUCCGCAGCUUGAGGAGAUAGCUGUGGUACUUGGAACUCUGGGAUACAAGGAUUUCUUUAUUGAGCGCAAAGUCUCACUUCCGCGCUCCCAGUCAUCAGAACGGUACGCCUUUGUGCCAAAGGGAUGCGUAAAGGUUGCGAUCAAGCGGCCACAAGCGGAGCACUACGUUCGCAUGAGUGAGUUCGAUACAAAGACACGUGGCGUGACAGUGCAGGAUAUCUGCAGCAAACAGGAGCUUCUCCGACGUGUAGCAGCAGCAAUUAAAGCCAAUGGUGCUCCCCGCCCACAGCCCAUGACUGUUGCUGCCGCGACUGCUUCUAUCUUGCGGAAGAAAUAA